AUGUCAGCAUUGAACCAUCUUUUAGACGAACAGAUUUGCUAUGUGCAAUGUGGCUUCUGCACCACAGUUUUACUGGUUAGUGUACCAUGUAGCUGCUUAUCUAUGGUGGUUACAGUCAAAUGUGGCCAUUGUACAAGUCUCCUUUCAGUCAACAUGAUGAGAUCCUCUUUUCUUCCUCUUCAUCUCUUUUCUUCUCUUGAUAACCAAGAAGAGCCAACGGUGGAAGUUUGUAGAGAAGAUGUACAAGUUCCUAAACCAGCACUCUUAAGCAAGCAUAGCUCUUCCCCCCUCAUCUCAUCAUCUUCAUCCGAUGAAGACAAUGACGAUGAUCUUGUUCUAGUAAACCAUGUCGUCAACAAGCCCCCGGAGAAGAGGCAACGCGCUCCAUCUGCGUAUAACAAAUUUAUCAAAGAAGAGAUCAGAAGGUUGAAGACACAACAUCCCAACAUGUCUCAUAAGCAAGCUUUCAGUACUGCUGCCAAAAAUUGGGCUCAUUCACCACCAAGUCAACAGAAUGAAGGAGGGAAAUCGAAGGGAUCAGGUAAUGAAUCGACCGUCAUGAUGAUCCAGGAGCCUGGUUCAGAUGAUCAGCCUUCUUAA